AUGGCCCGCAAGCAUCACCACCGGUCGCCGCCCCUGCAACACGCCCCUAUCGCUAGCGCCGCGGCUCCCUUGGCCGCGCCCGGCCGGCGCCUGCUAGCGCGCGUUCGCCCAAGCCGCCUCCUCGCCGGAGAGGGAUGGAUCCCGGAGGCCACGUCGCGGAUCCGGCCUCCCUCGCCUUGCUGCCCUUCGCCGGACCUCGACCGCCUCCUCGCCGGACCUCGCGUCUUCGCCCUCUUCCCCGCCGGCCGCCAGCAAGCCUCGGCGCCCCCUCUCCCCAUCAACGCCGGUGAGGCCCCCCGACCUCUCCUCCUCUCUCUGCCCUCGCACACGACCGCGACCAUCACGCCCCGGGCCGCGACCAAGCUUGUCGCCCGCAUCGUCCCGCUGCCCACGCGCUCUAGCCUUGCCCUUCUCGACGCUGCUCCGCCCGGUCACCGCGACCCCAUCCCACCCGGCGUGUCACCUCGCGCGCUCGCGCCCGUGCUGUGGCCGGCUACCGCGUGCUGCUGCUCCUGCGGCUGCGCCGCCCCGCUUCUCGCGUCCACCACCGUGCCACUGCCCCCGCCUCACCCGCCUGCUCCCCUCGCCGUGCUGGCCUCGCUCACGCCGGCCUGGCGACCUGCCAGGUCCGCCGCCCGCCCUCGCGCCCCUGGCCACGCGCCCGCUCGGGCUGCACCUAGCGCCCGCAACCACGGCGCCUGUUCGGGCGGCGCCCGCAGCACCUGA